AUGACGUGUCUAACGUUCUUGAUACCAAUAUCCCUGAUUGCUGAGAUCGGUCGGAACGAGCGGGUUUCCGGCAUGAAGACCCGCCAUUCGGAGCCAGAAGAAUCGGUCGUCGAAGGUACCUCCGCGAAUCCAUUAAGGGUGCAGGACGUGGGCUUCGCUUCUCCGAUCCAAAGAGGAAAAUCCCAGGACAAGACCAGCAAGCCCCGAGGAUUAGCGCCUAUGCGUGAUAAAGAGGUCGCGCUUGAUGUCACGGACUUGCUUGACGCGAAGCCUCAAAUUGUGUCAGGCAUUCCAGAGGAAUCGCUGACUCUGUUGAAUAGCAAUUCUUUCAGCACUCGUGAUCAGUUCGGCAAUGGAGUUGAUUCAGAGCAUGAGAUGAGACUCACCCGUCAAGUCUACCCCGACUAUCGGUUUGAUCUUGCAGAUGAGAGGCGUCGGUGGCACUCUAAAGAGUUAAUCAUGGUCGUCAUCAGCAGCAAAGGCGGCGAAUGGGUCAGUCUAUACUUCUUACGAUCUUUCACCGGUCUAUCAGAGCUACUCAGACGUCUCGUGGGACAAAGACAAGAGCAAGCCGGCAAGCGGCCAGUAUACCAUGAGCAAGACGGGACUAUCAUCGGAGUGCAACGAGAUGCAACGGCUGUCACUAUCAAUUGA